AUGCAAAACCUCAUCAUAGAUCACCAUCCAGACAUGGCUACAGCGCUGUUAGCUGGAGAGAAGCUGAAAGAACUGAUCCUUCCCGGGCAGCAAGAUGACAAAUGGGCUCCCCUCUCAGCCUUCAUGGUCCAACUCAAACUGGAGCUGCCUUUCGACAGAGUAGUUUCCAUCGGCACUGUCAUUAUCCCCAUUCUCCUCGUCACCUUGGUGUUCACCAAAAAUUUUGCAGAGGAGUCGAUAUACUGUUACACGCCGAACAAUUUCACCCGUGACCAAGCUCUGUAUGCCAGAGGGUACUGUUGGACGGAGUUGAAAGACGCUAUCUCGGGUGUCGAUCCCAGUCAGUGGCCAUCCCUGUUUGAGCACAAGUUUCUCCCUUAUGCAUUACUCGCCUUUGGUGGUGUCAUGUACGUUCCUGUCCUCGGCUGGGAAUUCUUAGCCUCUACCAGGCUGACUUCAGAACUGAAUUUUCUGCUCCAGGAAAUAGAUAACUGUUACCAUCGAGCCGCUGAAGGUCGUGCCCCUAAGAUCGAGAAGCAGAUCCAGUCGAAAGGACCAGGCAUUACAGAGAAGGAGAAGAGGGAGAUCAUAGAGAAUGCAGAGAAAGAAAAGAGUCCAGAGCAGAAUCUUUUUGAGAAAUACCUAGAGCGUCGAGGGCAGAGUAAUUUUUUGGCCAGGCUUUACCUGGGAAGACAAUUAUCUGUUGUGUUUUUAAGCAUAGUUCCAAUUUCCUAUCUAUGCACUUACUAUGCAACUCAAAAGCAGAACGAGUUCACCUGCCCUUUGGGGGAACCUCCGGAUAUGUCAAGUGGUCAAAGGCAGCACGUCAGUGUCAAGUGCAAACUGCCAUCUGUGCAGAUGCAGCGCAUUAUCGUCAUAGUAGACAUCACUCUGCUGAGCUUCAUAAACCUCAUCAUCUUGAUAAAUCUAGUCCAUCUUUUUAUAGUCAGGAAAUCUAACUUUAUUUUUGAUAAGCUGCAUAAAGUGGGCAUCAAGACUAAAAAACAGUGGCAAAAGUCGCAGUUUUGUGACAUUAACAUUUUAGCUUUGUUUUGCAAUGAAAACCGCGACCAUAUCAAAUCACUAAACAGGUUAGAUUUCAUCACAAAUGAAAGUGAUCUGAUGUACGACAAUGUGGUGAGGCAAUUGUUGGCGGCCUUGGCCCAGUCUAACCAUGACUCUACCCCGACCAUGCAUGAUGCAGGGAUCCAGACAGUUGAUCCCAGUGCUGAUCCAGCAGAACUUGAUGCCAACGAGCAGCUGGUUAUAAAGAGACCCAGGAAGAAAAUGAAAUGGAUUUCAACCACACACCCACUCCACCAGCCAUUCAAAGACCCCCCAACCCUCACCAAGGUUGAGAAUCACAAGGAAAAGCUGAAGCCGGUUAGACGCAAGACGGUGACUGACAGUCUUGCGGCUCCUCUCCUCGAUUCUGGUUCCAAAUGUCCCCAGGAUUCAUCUUCCAGCAAAAAUGAAGGCUACCCUGCAGCUAACAGUGAGAAGAAACACAGUCGGCACUUUUCCUUAGACGUUCACCCAUACCUCCUUAGCACCAAAAAGCCCAAACCUGAAAAUCAAGAGAGUUGCAUCGUUCCUGCUUCUAAGAGUCAAGCGACGGACUUCCUGCACCCAGAGGAGCAUGUGUUGCCACACGUACCAUCUCCAAUGAAAGAUAGUAAUCUGUCUGAAGGAGGUGCUACAAGCAAUAUUAAACAUUCAUCAGAGAGCUGCCUAACCCUGCCUGUCAGUGGACUUUAUGCCGCCAGCAGUACUAAUUUGCCUGCAGUAGCAGUUGCAUCCGAUCUACUUAUAGAGAAUGGUUUCUCUGAAGCAAAACCCCAGUUCAACCAUGACAAUGCUCAUCCACAAAUCAACAUCCAAAACAUUCAGACACUCUAUGAAGACCAUGAGGAAAAGGAGUUUUCCUCCAACUUGUUAAACCCGAAACUCAUUUCCUCUACCGAUGCAGAGGAUCUAUCUUCACAUCCACGAUCACCAGAGAAGAGGCUGCUGGCAACAUUUGAAGACCCUAUAGUAAUGAUUAGCACUAUAGAGUGUUAGCUAAUUAGAUAUGCAUUAGCACUAGUCCUGGCACAUGGCUGAUAUUGUAUUCAAGGAAGAUGACAUUGGCACAGUUCGCAACCUCUCCGUUCCUUUAGG